UCAUCCCCCGUAUCAGUGCGGGGAGCGAACAGCAUCCAAUAUCGAGAGAGACUGUGAGGCGUUAGUUCGCGGUACAUCGUCUACCCAGAUUGAUGUCAACCGCUCCGUUAAAUUCUCUCUAUGAUAACACACCCUCGUACAUAAACUGACAAUCAUUCAUCACUUUACAUGCAUACGCAAUCUUAUUUAAACAGUUGUUUAACUGACAGGAUCAUUCGCUUAGAAAAAAAAAUCAAUUAAAGUUAAAUCAAACUCAUUUGAAUAUUUAAUAAAUUAAUUUUAAAUAAAAAAUUGAUUAAAUAACUCAUAAAUCAUCGGUUAAAAGAAAAUUUCAAGUGUAACUUGGUACAAAAUAAAUUAUUUGUUUACAAACUGGAAUCAAGCGACCUGCCUAAUCUCAGGAUGUUUAUCAGGCUUUAGUUUUUUGAAUAUAAUUAAUUAAUGGAUUUCUAUUGAAUCGUAAUUAAGCUGUACUUGGAUGAAUUAUUAAUUGAUUGAUUGAUUUAAUUAGCUUUUUAAUUAGUCGUCAAGUGAAAGAGAAGUAGAUAACCGUCAUGCUCAUGUCAGAGUAUUAAUCUCAAUCUCCCGAGUACUAUUUUAUUUCAAAGAAGAUCAUAGUGAUGAUUAUGAUGAAGGAAGAAGUUAAUAGCGCUCUCAAGAGUUUCAAAGUUACUUUUAAUUUAUCAACACUCAAAACAUAUCAGGUCGAAAAAUGAAUCAUUAUUACAAACACUAUUAUUAUUAUUAUUGUUACCAUAGUACUAUUAUAAGAUGAAGAUCCUAGUGUUUUCAUUACUACUCAACAUCUCAAUACAAACCAACUUUCCGUCGGUUACAGUUACCGCUGAAAUGCUUCAGCAACGAUUAGGUGUCAAUUCCAUCGAUAAAAGUUCAACUUCGAAACCCAUAUCAGACAUUGACUUACCACCAACUUUACCAAUGAUCUUUGGCACUGAAAAUUCUUCUGUUAUUAUUGCACAAUCUGGCUCAAUCGCAUUGUUACCGUGUAUUAUACACAACCUCGGCGACGGAACAGUGAGCUGGAUAAGACGAAAAGCAGUACAGCAGUUGUUAACAGUUGGGUUGUCGACAUAUGCAAGCGACGGACGUUUCCAAGCGAUCCACUUUCACCAUAGCGAAGAUUGGACUCUUCAAAUAAAAUACGUUCAGUCUAGGGAUGCUGGAAUAUAUGAGUGCCAAGUGUCCACUCAUCCACCCACGAGUAUAUUUCUGUUUCUCGAGGUCGUUGAGGCAAGCGCUGAAAUAGAUGGACCAGCAGAAAAAUUUGUACGGCCAGGUAGUACACUUCAACUGCAUUGUCAAGUAAAAAUGUCAACGGAAGUACCGUCAUAUUUGUUUUGGUUCCACAACUUCCGAAUGAUAAACUACGACGUCGAUCUAGGAGUAAAUGUCAGCACGGAUUUGACGAACCGUGAAAGCUGGCUCUACGUACCUAGAGCAUUAGACAGACACUCCGGAAAUUACACGUGCAAGGCAAGUAACGCUCAGCCAACACGUGUUUAUGUUCAUAUAUUUAACGGAGACAAUCCUGCAGCAAUGCAGCACAGUCUAGCAUCAACACGAUCAACUUUUCUCGCAACACUAGCCUGGCUCAUCAUUUCCGCCGUCCAAACUUCUAUCGACUCACAACUAAGAAUUUUUUAACCACUAUAUACUUAUAUAAACUCUUGUCAUUAUUUCAUAUUUAUAGCUCGUUAGCUUUUAUUAAUUUUUUUUUUGUUAUUUAAUUAAAAUUAUAAUUAUUGUUAUUAUUAUAAUAUAAGCUGCGAUCUCACAUUAGAAUAAUAACUAUGCCACAACUUAUUAAACGUAUAUUAAAUAUGUAAAUAUUCAAUAACUAAACAA